GCCGCGGGCAUGGACUAUUCGUACGACGAGGACCUGGACGAGCUGUGCCCCGUGUGUGGGGACAAGGUGUCCGGAUACCACUACGGACUGCUCACGUGCGAGAGCUGCAAGGGUUUCUUCAAGCGCACGGUGCAGAACAACAAGCACUACACGUGCACGGAGAGCCAGAGCUGCAAGAUCGACAAGACGCAGCGAAAGCGCUGUCCCUUCUGCCGCUUCCAAAAGUGCCUAACGGUGGGGAUGCGCCUGGAAGCUGUGCGUGCCGACCGCAUGCGGGGAGGCCGGAACAAGUUUGGGCCCAUGUACAAGCGGGACCGGGCCCUGAAGCAGCAGAAGAAGGCACAGAUUCGGGCUAAUGGCUUCAAGCUGGAGACAGUCCCCCCAGUGGGGGUCCCCCCACCACCCCCUCCCCCACCGGACUAUAUGCUGCCCCCUGGCUUGCAUGCUUCUGAGCCCAAGGGCCUGCCCCCUGGCCCACCUGCUGGGCCGCUAGGUGACUUUGGAGCCCCAGCAUUGCCCAUGGCCGCACCCAGCACCCAUGGGCCUCUGGCUGGCUACCUCUACCCUGCCUUCCCUGGCCGCACCAUCAAGUCUGAGUACCCAGAGCCCUAUGCCAGCCCCCCGCAGCCCGGGCAGCCCUAUGGCUACCCAGAGCCCUUCUCUGGAGGGCCUGGCAUCCCCGAGCUCAUUCUACAGCUGCUGCAGCUGGAGCCAGACGAGGACCAGGUGCGGGCACGCAUCGUGGGCUGCCUGCAGGAGCCAGCCAAAGGCCGCCCCGACCAGCCCGCACCCUUUGGCCUCCUGUGUAGGAUGGCUGACCAGACUUUCAUCUCCAUCGUGGACUGGGCACGCAGGUGCAUGGUCUUCAAGGAGCUGGAGGUGGCCGACCAGAUGACACUGCUGCAGAACUGCUGGAGCGAGCUGCUGGUCUUCGACCACAUCUACCGCCAGAUCCAACAUGGCAAAGAGGGCAGCAUCCUGCUGGUCACCGGGCAGGAGGUGGAGCUGACUACAGUGGCUGCCCAGGCAGGCUCCUUGCUGCACAGCUUGGUGUUGCGGGCACAGGAGCUGGUACUGCAGCUGCAUGCACUGCAGCUGGACCGCCAGGAGUUUGUCUGCCUCAAGUUCCUCAUCCUCUUCAGCCUCGAUGUGAAGUUCCUGAAUAACCACAGCCUGGUGAAGGAUGCUCAGGAGAAGGCCAAUGCUGCCCUGCUUGAUUACACCCUGUGCCACUACCCACACUGUGGGGACAAGUUCCAGCAGCUGCUGCUGUGCCUGGUGGAGGUGCGGGCACUAAGCAUGCAGGCCAAGGAAUACCUGUACCACAAGCACCUGGGCAACGAGAUGCCCCGCAACAAUCUGCUCAUUGAGAUGCUGCAAGCUAAGCAGACUUGAGCCUAGGCCAGCUGGGGCAGGGACUAGGGCCAGGGAAGGGGCCAGAGCCACCCCUUUGACCCUCCCAGAUGGUUUAUUUUGCCAACCCAGGAGCCCCACCCUGUAGGCCCUGCCCGAGUUCUCUGAAGCUGUGUAUUUGGGAAGGUGGGUGAGGAUGAGCAGAGCCUGGCUGAGGUGGGGUAGCCCCCACUAGCCACUGGCACUUGCCUACCACUCAGAGUGCCCCAAGGGGGCAGCUGCUAACCACUCCCUCCAUUCCCCUGCCCCCAGUUGUCUGUCCUGGAGACUGGAGCUCAGGUCCAGAGAGGAGGUUUGGGAUUCCCUGGUGGGCCUCCAUGUCCCUUGGGUCAGAGGUCAUCCCUUCCCCCUCUCCUGGAAGCAGAAGCAGGCGGGGAGAGGCUGAUUGGGCAUCAACUGCAGGAGAAGAGAGGGUCUCCAGAACUCCCUUAUAGAGACCAGGAGGGAAGCCCUCUGUU